GGUCGGAUCCUCAGUAGGAAGCUCUGCCACGCUGCCGUCCACAUGGACCGUCUGCUCCCGCUUCUGGCCCUGGCUCUGGCCCUGACCUCCUGCGCUCUUUCCGAGGAGAGCACUUUCCAGCAGAGAGCGGGAACAGCCUUCAACAACCGGCAGUUCACAUCUGUCCUCUCUGUCAGCAAUGGAGAGCGGUUCGGCCACUGGACCUGGCCUGAGAUGUGUCCCGAGGGCUUCUUCGCCGUCGGCUUCAGUGUCAGGGUGGAGACGAACCAGUACCUGUCGGACGACACCGCUCUGAACGGAGUCCGUCUCGUGUGCUCCAAAGACGAGGCCAGAACUCACCUGUACACCAUCGAGUCCCACACGGGCUACUUCGGCGAGUGGUCCCACCCUCAGUACUGCCCCAGCGGAGUCCUCACCUCCUUCCAGCUCCGCGUGCAGCCGCACCAGGGACUGCUCGGUGACGACACGGCCGUCAACAACAUCAAGUUCCGCUGCAGCAGCAACCCCACGCUGGAGGCUCCCGGCAUGCAGUGGGGCGAGUACGGCCUCUGGAGCCGGGACUGCACGGGCGGAGGGAUCUGCGGCAUCGAGACCAAGAUGGAGGAGUAUCAGCGCGGUCUGGACGACUCCACGCUCAACGACGUCCGCUUCCACUGCUGCGACAGGUCGACCCAGUGACGGACGCGGGACCCCCUGGACGCUGACUCGGAAAUUCUAAUAAAACACUUGAGGAAACGUGUUUGGACUGUCUUUUAUCUCCGAAGUCAAGAUGGAAUACACGACAGAACCCACUCCGGUGACGUCAUCGGUCACACCAAAGUCAGAGUGAGCAGGAGAACACGCCGGGAUUAGGAGGUGAGGAGUGGGAUUAUAGAUGACGAGAUCGCGGCGUGUCGACUGGAAAAGUGUCGAGUCGUCGCGGCGACUGAGGCGAUUGAAAAUUACAAACGAUGGAGGCGUUUUUCUGGGGCAAACCUGGACCCGGGUCUGGACUCAGUCCAACACGACCCACUGACUUUGACUCCAGAUGAGCCUCGCGUCAAAAAAGUGUCCAAACGUGAUUCAAUACUUCAGUGACUUAAUUUCACACUGCACUUCAGAUUUUUAGCAUGUUAGUAAAUAUUGUUUAUCAUAGCGUAUGUGUGACAACUGGAGUGGCGGUGGUGCACUUCGGUUUGCCGCCACACGGGGUCACUAGAUGGCAGCGCUACAUCGAACUGCUGUCGCUCAAACAAAUGGGCACAAACCCAGAGACACACACGCACACAGUUCAGUAGGAUGUUACUGAUGGAGAUUAUUUGACGGAUAUUCUCGCCGCACACACACAUCAUCAAACACACUUGACAUCCAACAUGGUGGUCAAAACAAAAGUCCACCUUUCUGUUGCGUCAAUGCGAUCAAUGAAGUAACGUUGGUCUUCCUCAGCCGCGGCGACUUCCUGCUGUCAGAGCGUGAAGAAUCCAUUCAGGCUAAAAACACGACCCUUGACCUUGACCUCCAUUAGUGAUGACCUCAGAGGUCGCGCUUGCCCGUCAGUGAAGAAGCACACCAGUGAGGUAGAAGCUGAGAGUUGUAUUUAGCAGAAGAAGACAAUCCAUAAACAAAAAUAAACU